GCUCGCCCGCACUUGCUGCCCCGCGUCCCAGCUGCCGCUCCCGCUCCGCCGUGCCCAGCUCCCCGGCUCGGGGUGGGCGCCCCGCGGGCAGCAUGUACGGCGGCCAGCAGCAGUUGCAGCCCCAGGCGCUGCCCCCGCACCUGCAGCACCAGCGGCCCCAGCCCUGCUACCACACGCUGCCUCUGCCGCACCACCGGCCCCGGCCGUGCCCCGAGCCGCUGCCGUGCUACGAGCCGCCUCCCCUGCAGAGCCGGCCCCGGCCGUGCCACCAGCCCCUGCAGAGCCGGCCCCGGCCGUGCCCCGAGCCGCUGCCGUGCUACGAGCCGCCUCCCCUGCAGAGCCGGCCCCGGCCGUGCCCCGAGCCGCUGCCGUGCCCCGACCCGCCGCCCUUGCAGAGCCGGCCCCGGCCGUGCCCCGAGCCGCUGCCGAGCUGGCCCCAGCAGUGCCCGGAGCCGCCUCCCUUGCAGAGCCGGCCCCGGCCGUGCCCCGAGCCGCUGCCGAGCUGGCCCCAGCAGUGCCCCGAGCCGCUGCCCAAGCCAUGCCCCGAGCUGCGGCCCCUGCCCUGUCCGGAGCCGCUGCCCCACCAGCAUCAGGACGGCAACGUGGUGUACGAGCGGGUGAGGACCUAUAGCUGCCCCGGCGGCAAGCGGGUGCAGGUGCUGGAGCUCCCUCCGUGCUCCCCCAGGCCGGUGUCCCCGCUGGAGAACGCGCCAGGCCACCAGCAUGUCAUCUGGAGCUGCGACCCGCCUCAGCAGUUACAGGAGCCAUUGUCUCCAUUUCUGAGAGGAGGAAGUUACUGCCCAGGGAACAAUGUUAUCUAUGAAAAGACAAUAAGAAAAUAUGAGUUGCUAAAUCCUGAACAGGAGAAACAAUACCAGUUUUCCCACCAGUCCAACCAAUCCCAGGUUAGCCAGGUAUGCCAGCAAUCUGAACAGCCCCAAAUCAUCCACCAGUGCCGAGAAACACAAAGUUGCAGUCCCUGCGAAAUAAGCUCAAUCUCUGUGAGUGAUGGUGGAAGAGGAACGAACACCGUGCAGAGAGUAACAAUCCAAGGCUGCGAACCAGUACACAGUCUUCAAGAAACUAAUGGGCAGCUGGACUCCAGAUAUUUUGGCGAGCUACUUGCUGAAGUGAACCGCAAGAGCAAUGACCUGUACAGCUGUUUACUGCAGCAUGUGGAAAAGAUAGGAAGAAGGACACAGCACAAUGAAUCUACAAGUCAAGCAGAAGAUAUUGAAGGUUUGAUUCCCAAAGGACUAUCAGAGUUGACAAAGCAGCAAAUUCGCUAUCUCCUGCAGAUGAGAGUGACAUCCGAUAAAUCACUGCGACUUGUACUUUCCACUUUUGGCAGUUUGCGGGAGGAGCUUUGCCAUCUACAAGAUGACUUAGGGAAAUUGGAAACUGACAAGAUGUUACUAGAGAAAGAUCUGGCUUUUAAAGAAUCUCAGGUGAAGGAGUAUGAAACACUGUUGGCAUCUGUGAGAGAGAAUAAUCGCCAACAGCAGCAAGGACUCAGAGACAGUGCUUCAAAGUGUCGUUCAUUGGAGGAACAGAUCAUCUCUCUCCGGUAUGCUGAGGGAGAGAAGGACUGUCGGUUAAAAGAACUGGAAUACUGCAAGCGUGCCUUGGAACAAGAGAUUCAGAACCUGAGAAUGCAGACCUGUUCUAAUCCAGUGAUACAAACCAACACAGAUGAGCUCUCUAGUCGUUACGUGGAGAUGAUUAACAACCUGAGAGAGGAUAAAGAUAGAGAGAUCCGCAAUCUUAGGUCCCAGGUAAACCAGUUCCAGCAGGAUAUUUCAAGAAGAGAUGGAAGUAACAGUGACUUCCAGAUGAGGCUGCAUGAACUUACUUCAAUGUUAGAAGAGAAGGAGACUUUUAUUAAACAGCAGCAAGAGGAACUCUUCAGAUUGAAGCAAGAAAGAUUAUCAUGCAAUCAAUCCACAGGUGUAACAAAGUCUAUCAUCACAAAAAAGUACAUGAACCAAUAUCCAAUCCUUGGUCUCCUGUCUGAUGACUACAUGGUUUCAUCACCAGUUAGACAAACGGAGACUAUUGUAAUUGAGAAGACUGAAGCAAUGUAGAAGCAUGAAUGAGCAGCUGGGACCGUCACUGGAUCUGUUCAAAGGAGCUCAUACCAAAUGACUAUCAUUGCUUUACCUGCUGCUGUUUUUCAUCAUUAAAAGGUUCAGUCUAAUAUUUAGAACCAGGCCUUUCCCUGAAUCCCUGUCUAAGGUGUAUGUGUUAAUCCAUUAUUUCCCACUGUGUGUCUUUUGAGAAAAGCAAUGGCUGGCCUUACUCAAAGCAAGCAAUUAACUUCUAGCUGAUGAAGAACAUGCAUUAUGACAUUCAGUCAUUCCAGACAACAUUGAGUAAAGGGGUAUUUUCCAUUCCUCUGUCUUACUUGCUGCAUUACUAAGGAGAGGACCCAAAACCCCACCUAUAUUUAGUUUGCAUGUUGGCUUUUUCUCUGCAUGCAUGGUGAAGAAUAAUAGUCAUAACAGUUGUAAACGGUAGAGGCAAAAUUACAUCAAUUACAAAUGACAUGGUAAAGUUUGACAUAUACCUCUGUGGUAAGCACAUCAGCAUUUCUUGCAAGGGGGGCACUCAUGAUUUUGAUACACUUAAGUGUUUAAAAUAGUGGUACUAGUUUCUACUGUACAAACUCUUUUAUAAAGUGUUACCGUAUAUACUUGAUCAUAAGCCGGUUCGUUUAUAAGCCAACCCUAUAAUUCAGGGGUCAGCAAACUUUGGCUCCUGGGCCAUCAGGAUAAGCCGCUGGUGGUCCGAGAUGGUUUGUUUACCUCAAGUGUCCGCAGGCACAGAGGUAAACUAAGUAGUGUGUCCUGGCACACCAGCUGCUUACCGGGACGGGACCGGACAGCACCUGGUGGGGAAAUUUUUUUUGGGGGGGGGAGAAGCUGGGAGUAACUCCUGUGACCACCCCUACAUGACCCCACCCCUAGCCCAGGACCCCCACACUCUCCCCCUCCCAUCCCUUCCCACCUUAUCUGGGGAGGGCCAGGGGAGGAUAUGUCUGACCUGGCUGGAGCUGCUCUGGCAGGCCAGACCGGGUGGCAAGGCCGCAGCAUAUUCCAGCAAGCCGGGCCAGGCAGCAUGGCCACAGCCUGCUCUGGGGGGCAGGGCCAAGCAGCACAGCUGCAGCCUGCGAGCCCCAGAGCUGCAGCUGCUUCGGAGGCUGUGGGGAGAGCAGCAUGGCCAGAAGCCUCUGGCCCCGCCUCUUCCCUUCUGGCUCUGCUGGCUGUGCUGCCUCUCCUUGCUCCCUCUGUUGGAGGGAGGGGCUGUAUCCCACCUCCCCCUCUCUAUAUCGGUUCAUAAGCUGACCCCCAGCUCUGGUGUUUUUCUUUUACUAAAAAAAUUCAGCUUAUGAACGAGUAUAUACGGUACUUUAUUACUUCACGGAUCUUACAUUGGUUCCAAUCCUGCACUUAUCUCUUCUCAUCUGUCCAUACUGAGAUCAAAUGCUAAGUGAAGCCACAGGCUGUAUCUAGAACUAAUGGAAAUGUAAUCAGUGAAGUUUACAUAAAAAAAAAAAAAAGCACACACAAAAAUUAUGAUCUCAAACCUGCAUGAGAAAUUCUAGAAGUAAAAGUUACCUCUCUGACAAUUUCUCUGCAUAAACUAACCAAAAUGCUUUAACUUGAGAGGAACUCCAUCCAGCUCCUCAGUGCUGGGCCAUAAGUGAUGAGUACUAAUUUAGCAGAUACAUUUUAUGAAAAACAACAUCUAUAAUUUGGCCAAAUAAUCUUGUAAACUUUUAAAUUUAAGGCAACUAGGUUUUAAAAAGUGCAUUAGAGAUCAUAUGAAUAGGUUUUUGACUGAACCUUUAUAAACUGAAAAACAGCUGAGACUAUCUGUACUAGGCAUAGUUUAAGAUCCUUGAAAUUUACUUGUAAAUCAAAAUUUCAAGAAUGUGGUGUAUACAUUUUUUUAUAUUGGGAAAAGUAGAAUGAAAAUAGUGCUUGGGCUAUAUUCUGUUGCUAAUGGAGCAAAAUUUCCAUUUGAUUCAGGACCACAGAAUGUGUCCCAAUGAUUUUGGUGUAAGAUUAAAUAGAAAAAGUAGUAAGCUGAAGCAAUGGGGUGAGGUUUGAAAAAAAAAUA